AUGGCUCGCGACGGCCGCCGCAUUUAUCAGCUGCAUUCUGCGCCGGCCGCGUUGCGCACAGUGACGGUGGGGCGCCGCGGGAGAGCCAACACAGCGGCACCGAGCUACACCUCUCUCCAGCCCACAACGCCAUCCCAGCAUGAAGGCGCAGUUGCAACUGGUGUGGGCGGUGACUGUCGCGACGGCCGCGUGGGGCGCGGCGGUCGCGGCGGAGGCGCCGACGGCGGCGCCGAUGGCGACGGCGAGGCGGGGCGGGCCGCUGGUGUGGGCGACGGCGAGCGAGAGCGCGGCGGCGGGGGCGGGCGAGGGCUGCGCGGCCGUGCUGCUGUCGCCCUCCUGGGCGCUGCUGUCCACGCGCUGCCUCAAGGGCGCGCCGCCCUACCACCUCACGCUCGUCGCACCCGGUACGUGGCGCGCCACGCCAACCAGGCCGACGCCGGCGCGCUCGAGUUCCCCGGGCUGGCGCUGGCGCGCGUCGACCGGCCCUUCGCGCUGGGCGCCGCGCUGCGGCCCGCGCCCGUGCUCGCCGGCGCCCUCGACGACGCGCGCAGGCCGCUAAGGUGCAGCAUUGAAGGCUGGAAGGUGCAGAAGCAGAGCGCGCAUGAAACAGCUGCCGACUUAGCCAACUUCACCGAACCCAUCAAGACGACUAUCGGAGUGGACGGCGGCGCGCUGCUGUGCGCGGGCGCGCUCGUGGGCAUGCACUACAGCCCCACGCGCUACAACACCUCGCUCGCCAGCUUCUUCCACCUCUUCACCAACGCCUCCGACCUGCAGCUCUGGCUGGGCAUCCACGUGCCCGCGCUCAAGCUGGUGGUGUCGAACGGCGACGGAGCGCUCGUGGACUUGGCCCCCAAGCACGGCUCCGUGGCCAAGUCUGCGGGGGCCGCGGCGACGCAAGCGCUCUUCCUUCCUGUGGCGGCGGCGGCGGCUGCGCUUGUCCUGUGGCGGCAGUUCGCUCUCGUUCGCCUCUAAGGGAACAUCCAAGAUAAAAGGUGGCGGCAGGGCCUGCUGCAGUGUGGCCGAGUGUUCUCCAGCGUCCUAGAUUCUUCCUUAAAAUGCUCUUGCAAUUCCAGGAAUUAUUUUAUAAGAUUCGAAGAAAAAUGAAAAUAAAAUUAUGCUCAUAAACGUAUUUCAUAAAUUUUUCAUACUGCUCAUACUUUAGAGCAAUAUAAAAAAGGUAUUGUUUGCAAUAAUUGACUUAUAUUUAUGUACUACUUUUAAAAAUUUGUUAACAAUUAUACAAUAACUAAUUUAAAUUGUUUAAUCCAUUAUUUCCUACAAAUAUGAUAUAGUAUAAGUCAUAAAAAAUAUCUUAAGUAUUUCUUACUAUUAAAUAGAAAAUGAAACACAAACCAAAAAGAAGAAUGCCCUUAACCUCACAACACUCGACACCUGAAACAAGUGUCGCUGGCCAAUUCUUAAUAUCGUCCCUUACCAAAGCGAUUGUUUGGUUCAGUACCGUGCAAUGUAGUUUUCGAAAAAAAUGUUUUUGUUAUUCAAUGAUUUGAAAUUGGAAUCGAAUCUCUUUUCCGAAUUAUGUAAAUGCUAAUGAAAGGAAUGAAAAAUACAUGGACAUUUCAAUAUUUUAGGUCAGUAGUAGUCAUUGUGAAAUGUGUUUGCGAAUUUAAUGAAUUAUUUAUAUUAAUAUUUUGUAAUUGCUUUGCAUAUUAAUAUAUUGUAAAUAAAGGGACAGAAAAUUACAUGAUAAAAUGCCUAAAAGAAACGGAAUUCAAAAUGCAAUUACCAUAAUCGUCGAUUUUUACAGACAUAAUUACUCACUGAAUCAACAAUUGUUCAACAUUGUUUAAAUGAUUUUCAUAAUUUACAUAACACACAAACUCGUGAAUACAAUCUAUCAAUUUAAAUUUCAUUCACCAUUUAACGGGCGGUAUGUAAAUGCUACUGUGUCCAAGACGUACCUACAGAAUUAUUUGGAUAUUCCAGGUACCGUAUUAUUACUUUUUCAAGUCCAUGAUGUUAUACACCUACAUGCAAAAUUAACUUCAAAAUCAAAACUAAGUACUCAAUUGAAAUAAGAUGGAUUAAAUUUUUCUUUUGUGAUUGGAAAAAAUAUUCCCUAGCAGUUAUGUGUAAUUUGAACAAAAUAUCCCAUUAAUUAAUUUAUCUCCAGAGUUCAUAAAACAGCCGAAGUUUAUUUAUCAAACUUCCAAAUAAAAAAGAAAUGAAGAAACCUAAACACAUAGGUAGGAGGCGUUCUUUCGAACUAAAUGGUUCCCCCAGUUGCAAAUAGAAGCACAUUCACACAAUAUUCUACAAUCAUUUCUUAAACAAUUGAAUUGAAAAAGCCAUACAUCAGUUACUGAAAAAAUAAAUAACUUCAAAUACAAAUGUGAUGUGUGAUACCAUCCU